UUGGUACCCACAGAAAGGUCUUGUCACAAGGAAUACUCAUGUGAAAUAUCAAAGCUCUAUCUCUUACUGUUCAAAAGGUAUUAGCAAGGUUAAAGUUUUCAAAAAGUAGGUCAAACUCCAAGGUCAAGGGGUCAAAAAUGUUGGUCCCCACGGAAAGGUCUUGCCACGAGGAAUACUCAUGUGAAAUAUCAAAGCUCUAUCACUUAUUGUUCAAAAGUUAUCAGCAAGGUUAAAGUUUUCAAAAAGUACAUCAAACUCCAAGGUCAAGGUCACGGGGUCAAAAAUGUUGGUACCCACAGAAAGGUCUUGUCACAAGGAAUACUCAUGUGAAAUAUCAAAGCUCUAUCUCUUACUGUUCAAAAGUUAUUAGCAAGGUUAAAGUUUUCAAAAAGUAGGUCAAACUCCAAGGUCAAGGGGUCAAAAAUGUUGGUCCCCACGGAAAGGUCCUGUCACAAGGAAUACUCAUGUGAAAUAUCAAAUCUCUAUCACUUACUGUUCAAAAGUUAUUAGCAAGGUUAAAGUUUCAGACAGAAUGACAAUUACAAAAUGACAGACAGGACAAAAACAAUAUGCAUCCCCAUCUUCGAUCUCGGGGGCAUAAAAAAAGCGUUAAAUUUAUAACUAAAAUAUAAAAUAAAUAACUAAAAUAUAAACUUUUAUUUGCAGCGAUUAAUUUUCUCAACGGAGAUAGUUUUAAAUAAAUAAGAAAUUGUAAAGGACUGGUUUGUGGUAAAAAAAAUAUUUGCAAUGAUGAGGUUCUCAAUAUUUUCACAAGUUUCUCAAACGCAAAUAAUUUCAGCAUUUCACAGCCUCAAGACCUUGACCUUCAUGGCAUGACCUUUAAUAAAAUCAUACUACACCAAUAGGUCAUUAACCACAACAGAUAGAUUCCAGACAGAAGCUACAUAGGUACAGCCGUGACUGAAUGUACACAGACCAUCCCUCCUACACCUUCUCACUCGAGGGUGGAAUACCAAGCAACUGAAUAUCACCUUUGUUACUAAUGUUCAUCACAUACAUAUACCCACAAAUAAAAACAACAUAUGCACCAAUCAAUGUGAAAACAGCCCUCAUAGAUAUGUAAAAUAGCUGUAGGGAUCUAGCCUCCAGGGGUUUCUUAUGUAACACUAUAAACACGCAUGUUCAUUAGCAUACAAGACUACAUACAACAGGUAACAUAUCCUCCGAACGGGAAUGUAGCCUUUAGACAGGAUCAUAUUUCUCACCAGUUCACUAAAUCAUAGUUCUCUUUAAUUCUUGCUUUUCUGGAUCAAUUUUUGGGAAAAUAUACCGGUGGACAUUAUUCCAGACUUUUCGGAAUGAAACUGGCAAUCUGGAUUCCCAUUGGAUUAUGGAUUUUGUCUCCUUCAGUGCACAGCCAAUUAAGUAAUAUGGCUUCCUUCUACCCAACCUGUUCAACAGCAAACCGCAGGGCCAAAAGUGUUGUCUAUGAGAGUGCCUAUAGAGAUGCUUAUGAGAUGGAGUAUGAAUCCUCAAAAUCCGAGGCUAAAACAGCUGCUGUCGCUAAAUAUACACAGGAGACGUGUCCUGACAGGAAGGCGACAGAGAUCAACAACACAUGUGACCUCGAGCAGGCCAUAGCUCAGGCUCGCAUACAAGCUACCCAGAACAGAAACACUGCUUUAGCGAACGCGCAGACAGAAACUGCUAAAAGUCUGUUCACCGAGCUAGAGUUCUGCAUUGUUCUAACACAUGUAAAGGACUGUUCGAAAGCUGACAGUUGUUUCUACUCUACAUCACAUGGUAACAAAUGCAUCCCAGUUUCACUUGCUGUCUAAUCAAAAUUAAAAAUUCUUGUAUGAACAAAAUUGUCUAACUUCACUGCAUUUGAAUUUCUUUCCAAAACUAUUGAUCUGUUCAUAAGUGUUAAUGCCAUGUGUUCAUAUCCAAUAUUACGGAUUUGUUUGUAUUGCAAUAAACACAUGGAUACUUC